AUGGAAGAAACAAAUCAGACUGUGGUGUCUGAGUUUAUUUUUCAGGGACUUUGUGACUCAAAGGACCUACAGAUCUUCCUCCUGCUGCCAUUUUCCACCCUCUACCUGAUGACUGUGGUAGGCAACCUCUUUGUGGUGAUUUUAAUCAUCACUGAUCAUCAUCUCCAUUCUCCCAUGUACUUCCUGUUAGCCAAUCUCUCAUUUGUUGACUUCUGCCUUUCCUCAGUUACUACCCCCAAACUGGUAACAGACCUCAUAAAAGAUAUUAAAACCAUUUCCUUUGGAGGCUGCAUGAGCCAGAUUCUCUGUGUGCAUUUCUUUGGAGGGGGUGAGAUGGUUCUUCUUGUAACAAUGGCCUAUGACCGCUAUGUGGCCAUCUGUAGGCCACUACACUACACCAAUGUCAUGGACAGAAAGAAAUGCAUCUGGCUUGUUUUGAUUUCAUGGAUCAUUGGAUUUGUGCAUGCCAUGAGUCAACUGAUUCUGAUUUUGGAGUUACCUUUCUGUGGACCAAGAAUGAUAGACAGCUUUUUCUGUGAUAUUCCUUUGGUUAUGAAAUUAGCCUGUAUCAAUACUGAUACACUGGGAAUUGUGAUAAAUGCUGACAGUGGUGUUUUAGCAACAACUUGCUUCAUUCUCCUGCUGAUAUCUUACACUUACAUUCUAAUAACUGUUCAGCUUCACUCCAAAGAUGUUUCCUCAAAGGCACUCUCUACCUGUACUUCCCAUAUCAUAGUGGUUGUGCUAUUCUUUGGACCCUGUAUUUUCAUCUAUCUAUGGCCUGUCAGCAUCACAUGGGUGGACAAAUUUCUUGCUGUGUUUUAUACAGUCAUCACACCUCUCCUGAAUCCAGCAAUCUAUACAUUGAGAAAUAAAGAUAUUAAAACUGCCAUUAAAAAACUUAAAGAUCACAAGUAA